CUUAGCCCUGUCGUCCUUGUAAGAAACAAUAAAAACACCAGUCGAAGUAUCACUGCCUAUUUACUCGCUGAACAUCAUUUCGAUUUACGGCAAGGUCGUAAAAAUAAAAGUGUGGUAAAAUUACUACAACAACAAUGCAGCGUCUUGUCGGUUCUGCGGGAAGUACGGAAGCGUAGUUUGGAGAGAAAAGGAGCGUUUAGAUCUGGACGCUGGGGUUCUCAGUCGCUAUCUUUGUGUUCCGGACACUUGUUGGGACGCUCUCGAAGCACUAUGGAGGAGGGCAUGGAGGAGGACAGCUACGACGAGGUGGCUGACGAUCACAACCACAAUAAGUGGGAGGCUGCGGAAAGAAGUGCGCUUCCCGGGGCGAUCGCGAGGUACCCGGAGCGGGAGGAGGAGCCCGUGCACCACCUCGUGCACCGCACGAGCUCCCUGUACGGCCUCUGCUCCGCGGAGCCGAGCGGGGACCCGUCCGUGGCGAGCAAAGGGGGCAUCAACAUGAACAGCUCCGCUUCCAAGUUCCUCAUGAAUGUGAUGACCAGAGAAGACUAUAAAAGCACAUACUGGCCCAAACUGGAGAGAGCCAUAGACCAGUUGCUGACCCAGAGCCCGGUGGAUUACAUCCCCAUUUCAUAUGAACAGAUCUAUAGCUGUGUGUACAAAUGCGUGUGCCAGCAGCACUCUGAGCUAAUGUACAAUGACUUAAUAUGGAAAAUAAGCACCCACCUGGAACACGUCUCCGAUGAACUGCGGUGCACUCCUCCAGAGAGCUUAAUAGAAAAUUUCAAUUCCGCUCUCACCAGAUAUAUGGCUGCUCUUCAAAGCAUUGUGCCAAUAUUCAUCUACAUGAACAAGUUUUAUAUUGAAACAAAACUAAACCGAGACCUGAGAGACGAUCUAAUCCAGCUGUUUACGCAUCAUGUAGCAGAAAAACACGUCGAUACCUUAAUGCCACUACUUUUAAAAGCCCACUCUACGCCUUUUCAGAUUACACCAUCAACAAUGGCCAGUAUAGUGAAGGGUCUUUAUACUCUUCGACCAGACUGGGUCAAAUUAGCACCGGUUCUUUUCUCCAACUUUAUUCCUCAAAUUCACCCACCAGCCCGCGAGUCUGAACUCUUGAUAUACGCUGCUCAGGACCAGAAGUUGCAAAGAGAACUUGCCCAGAAUGGUUUUGCCAGGGGUGAUCAGUCACGUAAAAGGGCCGGGGAUGAGCUCGCAUACAAUGGAUCAUCGCCUUCCUGCCCGACUUCCAGAGGAUGUAGAUAGUGGACUGUAAAUGUAGCAGUAUUUUAUAAUUAAAAGACUAAUGCAGAAUGAGCCAAAUUGUCUUGAAAGACAAGUAACGUGCUGACUGACCUCAUCGGAGGUGGACAGCAAGGCUAAAAAUGGGCUGAAGGGCAAAAAAACUGCCCUUACUGUAACUUUUUCAGUCUUAAGCCACCUUAAAUCAGGAUUACUGUGUGAUCUGAUCCACUACCUGAUGCGAUUCUGUAAGUGUUGUACAAUUUCUACAAGGCCUGGACAUAGUUUAAACUAUAUUUGCGAAGGAUCUUGUAGGAUGUUUAAAUAAAUGGAUAAAUAUGCAUUCUGAGUGAACACUUAAAAGUGAUUUUUUUUUUGGCAUUGUUACCGAAGCACGUAAUGGUCAGUGGUGGAAAAAGUGCCUCUUCAAUUUCAACUGUGUGACCUAAUAUUUCUCGAAAUUUUGUGGCGCAGGUUUUGGGAAAUAAAAUGGCUGUGUAUAUCAAUAUUUUAUGCUAAUUCCUCAAAAUUGUGGUUGUGUCAGUCAUUUCAUAUUUUGAAAAAAAAAUGUCGGGAUUUAAGACACCGAGAAGCACCUAAACUCUAAUAACGGAAUCAUAUUAAUAUCAAAUUCCUGAAUGUCAAAUGUAGGCAUAAAUCGAUUAAGCUAC